UCUCAUCGUGUCGUUUCUUGUUCAACUUUUCAUGUGUCAAUCGUCGGCCCGCCGAUUUCCAACGUUGUAUAGCUAGAUUUUUUAUUUUUUAGCAAAUAUUUAAAGCAUUGUUGCCACAUAAUUUUCUUAGUUUUUCAAACUUUAUUCCUAACAAUGUUUCCUCACAAACAGUUUGACUCGCGACAUCCGACAUCAACUCCAAAUAUGAAUAAUUCACAACUUCGAAUCCCUCCAUCCAUAAAAAAUCAAAAUAUGGCACAGCAAUUCACAAGCAAUAAGGAAAAUGAAAUGUAUCCAGGAUCAGGUUUUCAUCCAGAUGUUUCAAUGCAAGCCAUGAACUUGCCAUCCAGGCAGAUGCCUCAAAACAGGUUCUUUGCUCAAAGCUCCGGCGGUUCACAGUCGCAGGGAGGAAAUAGAUACACCAAUUUCUUUCAGCCUCCGAACGCUGGUACGUUUGUGCAAGGUGGUCAGAGGUACAACUCGCAAAUUGUCAUGCCUAGUCCUUGCAAUGUACCAGGUUACGCUGGAUACAACAAGAUGCCUAGUCAUCACAUGAAUGCGGUGAUGCCGAAUGCUGAGAACCAAGGAGCAUGGCGUGACACCCAGUAUCCUCCCAGAAACGUUUUGACUGAGAACACCCAGCUGAUGAAUGUUGCUAAUUAUUCGCAAAGGCAGUCUCCGAAUUUGAUGAGCUUUGAAGCUUCUAGUUCGCAAAAGAUGGCAACUUCAAAGCCAUCUGCUACAGACACUGCAUCCAAAACUGCGGCAAAAUUCACUCCAUCUGCGUCUCCUGAUAAUAAGAAAAAGCCAAUCAAUCUGGACUUCUAUGAGCAGUUCAAUAUGAUUGGCUCUGUGGAACAAGUCAUUUGCUGGAAUCAAAUGGCUAAAGGAAAGAAAUGCUUCAUAACCUACGAAGUCCACGGAUUUUUGGAAUCUGUCUCCGAAGAGUCUCCUUCAGUAUCAGUACUGUGGAUAAAGCAAGACCCCCACAAUGGUCUCGUAAUUCAGGGAGUAUAUUGUAACAUCGAUCGGAGACUUUCAGAUAAACUGCAACCAGGAAACUAUGUUGUGUGUUACGGACGAAUGCUGAAAACGAAAAUAAUGCAGAUUUUCAAUGCAGUCGUGGAUACCACAAGGGAUGUUGGAAUCAAAAGGAUCUCAUUCCUCUGCCAGAGAUCGCUGCAAGAGUUCAUCAAUAGAGAGAACUCAAGCAUCUAAGUUUUAAUUAAUUAAAACUACAGGCACAUUCGCAAGGUUCCUGCAUUUCUAGUCGGACCUAGUCGAAUUAUUGAACAAGUUCCUAGAUCCGAUAGUACAAGAUUUAUAUAACUUAAAAUAUAUCUAAAUACGAUUUAAUGGUUGCAAUACUAGGAUAAGAAACUCCUAACAAUGCUUUUGUUAUGUGAUAGAAAUGAUUCUAGAGAAAAGGUUCUCUAUGAAAUUACAUUUACAUUCCUAAAUAACCUUCAACAAGUUCCUGUAGAGAUCAGGUAUUACAGUAAAUAUAUAAAUUUAAUAGAUAUGAAGAUGAGGAAUUGGUGAUCAGAAACUCAAAAAUCGUUCUCGAUAUGUGAUGAAAUUAUUACUAGAGAAAUAGGUUCUCUAUGAAAUAACAUUAAUUUACCUUCCUAAAUAAUAUUCAAGUUCCUGUAGAGAUUAGAUAGUAAAUAUAAAUAACUUGGAAUUAUUUAAAUAUUCUAUUUGAUAUGAUGAUAAUAUAGGAUAAGAUACAACGUUCUCGUUGUGUGAUAGAACAACAAUUCUAGAAAAAAAUAUACUUCAUGAGUUUACAUAUACCUUGAUAUGUAUUAACAAAAUAGAUUAUAUAGGUAGUUACAUAUACCUUGAUAUGUAUUAACAAAAUAUAUAGGUAGUAAGUUUCCUAUAGAAAAUUUCUCGAUUAAUUUUGUACCGUGAAAUGUAUAAGGAAAAAUUUUCUUUCAAAUGGAUUUAAUGGAUUAUAGUGCAAUACCAACAUGUUUGGUUUCUAGAAUAUUUCCAGAGAAAAUAUUCUAUGUAAGUUAAUGUUGCUGAUAGAAACGUUACUUUAGAUUAUAUUUUUAGUUGUUAUUUAGUUCAAGGACGAAACCAAUAAUAUGUAACCUGAAGGAGCUUAACAAGAACUUGAUCUAAGUAAAUUUGUGAAAUCGAGUGCCUUAUAAUGGUUAUGUCUGUUAAUUACUUUUAGUAGUAUUAUUUUAUCAAUAUUGGUUUUUAGAGAGAGAUAGAGAAGAGGUGAUCAGUUUGAAUUACAAUGAAACUCAAGUGCCUGAUAAUAGGUUUCUUCAUCAACUACUUUUGAAAGUAUUAUUUCAUCAAUAUUAGUUUAUAGAGAAAUAGGAAAAAGAAUAUUAGUUUGAAUUGAAAUGAAACUAAAGUGCCUAAUAAUGGUUUCUCCAUUAACUACUUUUCAAAGUAUCAUUUUAUUUAUUAGUUUAUAGUGAAAUAAGAGAAAAAAAAGAUUAGUUUCAACUCCUAUGUUAAAAUAGUACCGUAGAUUUCCAUCUGUGCAAUAUAGCAGAAAUAAGCUCAUCAAUUAGAAUUAUUAUCAAAUAACUUAUCAAGUACUCAGUAACUUAAUAAUUUUUAUGGUGCACUCUGUACAAUCUUUCUUCAGAAGUUCAAAUUUUUAAGAAUAUUUUUUGUGAAUUGAAUCUAAUAAAACAAUUUCUGAAUCUAAAA